AUGAUCAGCCGGGAAAAGGACGACGUAGACUGGUCUCCGGAUGAGCUGAUGUCCUCAGCCCUGAAGGUCGUGAAGUUGUCCCUGGCCAACCGUCAGGGGAUAUCUGACCAACGGAUUGUGAAAAUCAGCCAACCGGACGUUGCGCAGAGAUUCUCGAACCUUGCAAGACCACCGCGUCCACCUACUCCGAUCGACAUCGUUCUGGAGCAUGCGCGAGACGUGUUUGACCACCGCAUCCGCAUGGAUCAUCCAAGGUUCUUUGGUUUCAUCCCGUCUCCCGCAUCCGAUUGGUCUUGGCUAGGAGAUAUCCUUAAUUCAGCAUUCAACACGCAUGCUGGCAGUUGGUUUCAAAGCUCCGGACCAAGCGCAAUCGAGCAAUCUCUGAUAUCAUGGUUGGCUCAGGACUUGCUCGGGCUGCCACCAACUGCUGGAGGAUGUUUCGUUUCUGGCGGAUCAAUGGCAAAUCUAUCGGCCCUCAUGGUGGCGCGGGAUCAAAACCUACAUUUCGAAGAAAGGGCACGAGCGGUCAUCUAUACUUCCGACCAAACUCAUUCUUCGAUUGUGAAAGGGCUCCGGAUUCUAGGCUUCCACGAUAAGCAGGUCGCCCAAAUUGAGUGCGACCAGCAGUACCGCUUCAACACCGCCACAUUGCGACUUCGGAUUGAGGAGGAUCGUCGAUCGGGGAAGAAACCAUUCCUAGUCGUGGGAAGUUGCGGUACAACGAACACGGGUAGCGUUGACCCUUUAGAGGAGUUAGCCGCCAUUGCGCGAAAAGAGGGUCUAUGGUUUCAUGUGGAUGGAGCUUAUGGCGCCUCGGCGGCACUGUCCAAGAGUCGAAAGGCUGUAAUCAAAGGCGUAGAGCUCUGUGAUAGCAUCUCUUGGGACGCUCACAAAUGGCUCUUCCAGACUUACGGCUGCGGAAUGGUACUCGUGCGCGAUCGCCAAUUUUUAAUGGCUUCGUUCCGGACUGGGGCUGAGUAUACCCAAGACGCCCCAGAUGGCCCUGAAGAAUAUCCAAACUUCUGGAAUUAUACCCCGGAAUUGACACGUCCGGCAAGAGCUAUGAAGAUGUGGUUCUCAUUUCAAAUGCUGGGGAUCGAUGCGGUGGAAAGCGCUAUCGAACAUGCGUUCGAAUUGGCGGAAACAGCGCAACUAACUUUGGAGAAGCUUGAGCACUGGCAAGUCGUAUCCCCUGCACAGAUGGGUAUCAUUUGUUUCCGCUACCAACCCCCUGGGCUCGAUCAGGCAGCCCUGGAGAACCUCAACAAAGACAUAUCCAGGAUCGCGAUCGAGACCAAUGUGGCUGCGGCAUUGACGACGCGGUUGUCAGGAAACCUUGUGAUAAGGAUAUGUAGCGUCCACCCGGAACUGAAGAAGCAUGAGAUGAUGCAGGUCAUCCUAGACUUGGAUCAAAUUGCACAAGCCCAGAUGCAUCACCAAAGAAACACCGAGUUCCCACUUGAAGCGGUUCUUACUCCAACAGCUACAGACGGAGACAUGGCUCCUCAAGCUGCAGGUGUGUGGUUUAUCACAGGCUGCUCGACAGGCUUUGGAGCAGCUCUUGCGAGGGAGCUUUUGUCUCGAGGCCAGACAGUCAUCGCAAGUGCCAGAAACGUCGACAAACUACGCGAUCUGGAAGCCGCUGGUGCAGCUGUUAUCCAGUGCGAUGUGUCUGCGCCGCUCGAUACUUUGGUCAAGACGGCUCGACAUGCCCAUAGCCUUCAUGGCCGUGUCGACUAUCUCGUCAAUAAUGCAGGCUUUUGCGUGCAAGGCACAAUCGAGGAGCUGACACCACAAGAGAUACAAAACCAGUUCGACACAAAUGUAUUUGGAACACUCAAUGUCACCAAGGCGUUUCUGCCUUACUUCCGAUCCCAACGAUCAGGCGUCAUUGCCAACAUCUCAUCUAUGGGCGCGUGGCGUGGCACUCCCGGGUUAGGGAUAUAUGAAGCAUCUAAGUGGACGUUGUCUGGUCUUACAGAGACUCUCAAGUCCGAGCUGGCAGACUUUGGGAUCAAAGUGUGCUGCAUUGAACCGGGGUCGUUCAGGUCGAAUUUCCUCACAUCCGGCAACCGCAAGGUAGACGAGAGUCGAAUUAAAGACUAUGACGGCACAAGUGCGAGAAAAGUUGCGGCUUUCAUGGACCAGCGAGAUGGUGCACAGUCCGGAGACUUGAAGAAGGGGUCGAAAGUGAUUGUGGAUGUCCUGACUGGUCACACUGGGAAAGACAUACCAUUGCGACUGCCACUUGGAAGGGACGCGUAUCAGACCAUCAAGAACAAAUGCGAGGCGACCUUGCAGCUUCUGGAGGAGUGGAAAUCCAUCAUCUCGACAACCGAUCACGAUGAUGUAAGUGCAGCAUCGUGA